AUGAAGGUUCUCCUGUUCAUGUUACCGCGGAUUUGGCAAGUUGAGGAGCGUGUGGUAGGAACGGACCUGGGAAUGGGGCGUUUCCAAUUCGUAUUCCAGGAGGAGGAAGAUAUCGCUGAGGUUCUCAAGAUGGAGCCUUUCCAUUUUGACUACUGGAUGGUGUCGCUGGUGAGAUGGAAGCCGGUUCUGGAAGUCCAUUACCCAUCAAGAAUCAUUUUUUGGGUUAGAGUCAUGGAUAUCCCUCUGCAGUUUAGGGCUGCACAAACCUUCAGGAGCGUGGGAGAGGCUAUCGGGGAAGUUCAAGGGGAGGUGGAUUUACGAGAAGGCAGAGUUCGAGUAGAACUUGAUGGUUUCAAACCACUGGUGUUCUCUAUGGCAGUUGAGUUUGAGGAAGGGGUGGAGAUAAUGGUAUCCCUGAGAUAUGAAAAAUUAUUUGGGUUCUGCAGAGAAUGCUUCUGCAUGACACACGAUCAGUCUCGGUGUCCUAAGCUGCAGGAAGAGGUGGAGACUAUGGAUAAUGAGAAAUGCGUCAAAACGGAGGCAGGACAACAAGCGUCAAGCUAUAAAGGGGCUGUCACAAAUGGCAAUGGACUUGAGGGCGCUAGCAGAGAUGGUCAACAACACAGAGCUCCACUAAGGAGUGGUAAUAAGGGCAAGGGUAUUGCCAGGGAGAGACCGGGGCCUUACAAGCAGGCAGGGACCUAUCAGGCGUAUAAAGAAAGACUGCCCAGAGGUUAUGGAGAUGGGUCUUCGUUCAGAGGGAGACACUAUGGUAAUCAUGAUAGGAGGAACGUGACUCAGUAUUCACGUAAUGGCGAGGAUGGUCACCAAAAAUUGAUGAUGGACGCUUUUAAAGGUGUGAGCCGUUCCUCAUCUCAGGUUGUUUCCCAAACUAGUGGUGUAAAGAAAAGUGGCGAAACUCCUAAAGCUUGCAAGGCACUCCUAUUCAAUGAGGAUACAGUGCCUGAGGUGUCAAAGGAGGAGGAAGUGGUAGAGGUGCUAAAGAAGGAGCAGAAGGAGUUGGCAAAUGUUCAAGCUAAACGAGUGCCAGAAGGGAUGUUCGUACAAGGCACAGAGGAGACAGAUGAGACUGAUUCGAACCCUCUGGAUGAUGCGAACCUCAUGGUAGAGGGAGCUAUUCUCUCGGACUCUGACCUUCUUGUGGAUGUUGAGGAGGAAGAGUAUAAGGAAUGGGAACAAGGUGAGAUAACAGAUUUCAUGGAAGAGGAAGAUGUGAUGGUGCACGAUAAGGAAGCAGCAUGGGAUAAAGUGGAUACCGAACAGGAAGCUGCGGCUGAUGCGAUGGGGGAAGAAGAGCGUGACAACAAUGAUGAGAGCUUGGAGAAGGCACCAAAAAAGAAAGGAGGAAGACCAGGACCACUCGCGGUUGGAGGAUCGACAAAGAUGCGUUUAGUUCAGAAUCUGGUAUCACCUCGCAAGAAGAACGCGGCAAAGAUAGGAGGGAAGACUGGCGACAAGGGUGCGGGGGCGUCGAAGAAGGCCACCAUGAAGCCAAAGACAUCUGAGUAA